GAACAAUGUUCAGUGACUAUACCACUGGAUUAUGUAAGUGCAAUUCAAAUAACACGUAAUACCACAGCACAUUGCAUAAUAUCCAGCCAGCAAAUGUCUGUUUCCCCCUGUAAACUGUGAAAGCCCCUCCUGGUGCAACAGCGGAUCUGACCUUCACAUUAAUACAGAUUAACCGCACGCAGACUGCAUUAGAUGGCACAGGACCGUCUUUAAGGGUCCGGUGGCAGUGCUGGGGAUUUGAACUUUUGAACUGCUUCUAGAAGUGUGCAUGGCUGCAUGUUGAGGUGCGCAACAUGCACGCGGAUGUCUCAUUUCUUCUGUGCGCGUGCUUUCUCUCCACCGGAGCGCUUCAGACCUGCAGCCAAGCCAGAUCCAAACGAGAAACCACCAGAAAAGAGAGAGAAGCUCGUAAACCUGGCAGCACCUUACUGAUGAGAAGCCCAGACGUUACAAAAGCUCCCUUCACAAAAUCAGAACAACUUCUCAAGUUAGAUGACCAUGACUUCACCAUGAGGCCUGGCUUCGGAGGUGCCGCGAUACCUGUGGGUGUUGAUGUUCAGCUUGAGAGCCUGGACACCAUCUCUGAAGUUGAUAUGGACUUCACCAUAACCCUGUACUUGAGACAUUACUGGAAGGACGAGCGACUGUCCUUUCCCAGCAACACCAACCAGAGCAUGACCUUCGAUAGCCGGCUGGUGAAGAAAAUUUGGGUACCCGACACAUUUUUUUGUCCAUUCCAAACGAUCCUUCAUCCACGACAACCACCACGGAGAACGUCAUGCUCCGAGUGCAACCCGACGGCAAAGUGCUCUACAGCCUGA